AUGAAGCCAAGAAAAAUUGAGAAGAAAAAAUUGAUGACAUCCCCACUGCGAUUGAAAAUAAAAAAGGACAUGUUGCUUGCUCGUUGGACAGAUGGUUUGUUCUACUGUGUGAAAAUUACGAAGAUUUCAGAUACAAGCAAGACAUGUGUCGUGGAGUUUGAGGACAAGUCAGUAGCUACCGUACAGUUCAAAGAUUUGCUAGGAGAGAAGGAAGAGGGUGUGACUGUGUGUCAUUCCUGCGGCAAAGAAGAGGUGGAGCAGUCGAAUGCACUCAUCAAAUGUGAAAACUAUUACCACCAGCUGUGCCACAUACCACCAUUCACUCCAUCUGGACCAGAUGACAAAUUUGUCUGCAGAAUAUGUGUGUUUACAUCGUGUGCCCAGACAGGUGGUGCCAAAAAGUCUGGCCCGCUAGCUUUUAAGUUUGCAGAAAUGAAACAGUAUUUUCCCUACGAUAUCAAGUACCUGACAUGGAAUGCCACACACACCAGCAACGUGGAACAAUGCUUCUGUUACUGCGGUGGUCCGGGCAUUUGGUACAACAAGAUGCUGCAGUGUUGCAGAUGCCGUCAGUGGUUCCAUGAAGCAUGCUUGCAGUGUCUGGAUGAGGAAUUGCUCAUCGGGGAUCGGUUUUUCAUAUUUACCUGUGCUCACUGCAACUACGGAGUGGAAUAUAUUCAGCGAAUGGAUCUUUCCUGGUUUGACAUCACCUAUGUGACGCUGUUCCAUUUGAUCAUGACCCUGGGGAAGCGAUACAUCGACCUAGAGUCUGACCUUGCGCCAUUUAUUUUGAGUCGAGCAGACAGCUUUGGGCUGAAGAAGUUGCUCAAUGGACACCACGGCAGUCGUGCAGCUGUUUGUAACGAGCUGGUCAAAGUGUUACAGAAACACACCACACAAUUUUGCUGUGGUGCAGAAGUAAAAAAGAGGUGUACAUUUUAUGGCAUCCGAGAGCGAAUUCCCCCUUGUCCAUCACCUGUGUCUAUCCCUGCACUGGAUGAAGUCAUCACCGAGGAAACUUUGACUAGCAACUCAGGAAAAAAAGUCCUCUUCACGCCCAGCAAGUAUACUCUGCAAGUUCCAUAUGUGUUAAGGGGCAGUAACAGAGUGGUUCCUCCAACUAUGGGCGCCAAGUUACGAGAAUCCAAGCUGGCCAAAAUUGCUAGAGUGAAAUCUGAGCACAAUUACUGUACGCCCAUCAAGUGUGUGGAUGACUCAUUCUCCAGAGAUUUCCAUAAAAAUGAUGAAAGCAGCUGGGAAAGCUUCGAUGCCAACAACAAUUCUCCCUCAGUGCAAGCUCCACCAAAACUAGAAAUGGAUGUGGAGGCAACUCACGGUAGCGGCAGUAGCCGCCAGGAGGCCGUGGAGAAACCGAGUAUAGUUUUUGCUCCUGUUGCUAAGCCAAAGAGUUCUUUUUGGUCUUUGGACACCGCAUUUCCAGAGCCGAUGAAUUUUACCGGGGCCAACCACCCAUUUCUGACAGAGUUUGAGCAAGAGAGUUUGAGGAAGCAGAGACAGCACUUUGAAAACCAGCUGGAAAUAUUGUCAACCUUUUUGUUGGAGGAAGACGAGCAAAAAACUAGAAAGAAGGCAAAUCCGGUAAUGUCUCCGAUAAGUUCACCACCGUCAGCUGUGAAAGGUUUUAAAGGAGAGCUGGCCGAUUUGAUCAAGUCUACAUGUAGGUCAAGUGCCAGCAGUCCACUGAAAACCAAAUGCUUGCCGGACAGCUCGGAAUUCUCUUCAAAAGAUGAGAAAUUGUUUGAUCGGUUGAACCCUCCCAAAAAUGGUGUUUUGUCACGUAGAAAUCGUCUUUCCCAGCAUGGUAGAAACAGUAAGUCUGCAAAAGCAGCUGGCUCGCCCUCUUGUAGCAGGACAAAAGUUUCUCCCAAAAAGGACAGAAUUUCUCUGAAAAAUGGCAUUUCCUGUAUAAAAUCUGAGCCAUCAACAUGGAAAGACACCAGGUCUGAAGAUUCUGUUGACAAGGCAGCACAGAAGCGACUGAAAGCCUUGAGAAGAUGCUUGAAGAAGCUGUCGCCGACUUGUGGCUUCAGAUUUCCUGUCCUGGAAGAAUCACAUACAACAGUGACCAGUGCUGGACAGAGCGGUGUUCUUGACAGUGUCGCCGACAGCCCGAGACCCCCGGGUAGUGCUUCAGCUACUCCACUGUCUGCUCCGACAGAAGGUGCUCAUGCCAGACCAACUCCCAGCAGUCUUUCAAAAUCUGGAAACAAGAGUAGAAAAAGGAAGUUGAAAACGGCAGACUUCAGCCAGGUUGAAGGAGUUCAGGACCAGUGCUCACAGAAUAUAGAUAGCGUCCGGCGCAGUCAUCGCAGUCGCAGCGUCGUUCAGAGGUUCCAGGCAGCGUCUGGCAGCAGGUGCUAUGGGAUGACUGAAACUGUUGGUGGUAGAAAUGGCAGUCUUAGUGACGGAGAACAGUAUGAUGUCAUCUCUCUUAGAAUUCGUCAGGAAGAUGGUUUGGUUGAGUACCUGAUUGGUUGGUCACAGUGA